AUGCUGGUGAACGUGGUCACAGGGCAGCUUAGGUACUCAGUGAAGGAGGAGUUGAAUCACGGGGCGUUUGUGGGCAAUGUCAUCAGUGACCUGGGUCUAGAUCUCAAGCAGCUGCCCAAACGAAGCUUCAGUAUCACAUCUGGUAAUGACAAGCAGUAUUUUGAUGUAAAUCUAGGGAAUGGAGUCCUAUUUGUAAAUAGAACAAUAGACCGAGAAUCGCUUUGUGUCCCAAGUGCUCCCUGCAUAAUCAAUCUGGAGGUCGUCAUAGGGAACCCUGUGGAGGUGCACAACAUCGAGAUAGAGAUAUUAGACAUUAAUGACCAUGCCCCGAAAUUUCCUAGAAAUGAAUACUAUUUGAAUAUCAGUGAGUCAGCUGUGCCUGGAGCUAGGUUUCCUAUUGAGAGUGCACUGGAUCCUGACAUAGGCAGCAAUUCUAUUCAGACUUAUAAACUGAGUGACAAUGAUUACUUUGCGCUCGACCUAAAGACGUUUAAUGGAAACAGCAAGCUGAUUGAAAUUGUGCUGAAAAAACCAUUAGACAGAGAACAGAAAUCUCUUCAUCGGCUGGUUUUGACAGCUAUAGAUGGGGGCAGUCCGGUAAAAUCUGGCACGGCCCAGAUUUUGAUAUAUGUGAUGGACACGAAUGAUAACAAUCCAUUCUUUGAUAAGUCUACCUACAAAGCCAGUCUGCUUGAAAAUUCACCAGUAGGUACUUUAGUGGUCAAGCUAAAUGCAUCUGAUCCAGAUGAAGGAUCAAAUGGUGAAGUUGCAUAUUCAUUCAGUAGCUAUACCCCACAGAAAGUUAGGCAGUUGUUUACUAUAGAUGCAAAAUCUGGAGAAGUUAGAGUAAAUGGACCGUUGGACUUUGAAAAGUCAUCAUCCUAUGAAAUCUAUGUGCAGGCCACUGAUAAAGGUCCAGUUCCUAUGGCAGGACAUUGCAAAGUGUUGGUUGAAAUAAUUGAUGCCAAUGACAAUGCCCCAGAGAUAGUUGUGACUUCGAAUUAUUCUCCUGUUGCUGAGAACUCACAGGAAGACACCGUUGUGGCUUUAAUGAGUGUAAAUGACCAAGAUUCAGGGAUCAACAAACAAGUUAGCCUAACAAUCCAGCAAAACCUUCCAUUUAAAUUAAAGUCCUUUAAGAAUACUUAUAAACUGGUGACUGAUGGUAAACUGGAUCGAGAAAAGUGCCCUUCUUACAAUAUCACAGUGACAGCUACAGACUCUGGGAAUCCACCACUGUCAUCUCAGAGAACACUCUAUGUGGAAAUCUCAGAUGUGAAUGACAACCCUCCAGUAUUUGAAGAGCCAUCUUACUCCAUGUAUGUUUCGGAAAACAAUGCCCCAGGAGUGUCGGUGUUUUCAGUAAAAGCUGUGGAUCAAGAUUUAAAUGAAAAUGCGUUUGUUUCAUACAUGCUUCUUCAAGGGGAUGCUGAAGGGCUCCCUGUUUCUUCAUAUGUUUCUGUCAAAUCUGACAAUGGAAUCAUAUAUGCAGUCCAGUCAUUUGACUAUGAAAAAAUAAGAGAAUUCCGAUUUGUUGUUCAAGCACAAGAUGCUGGAAACCCUCCACUUAGCAGCACUGCUACUGUAUAUGUUUUUAUUGUAGAUCAAAAUGAUCACGCGCCAACAAUUUUGUUUCCAGCUCCAACAAAUGGUUCAAGGUCCAUUGAGAUGAUUCCCCAAGCCUCGAAUGCUGAAUACCUUGUUACAAAAGUUAUUGCAGUUGAUUUAGACUCGGGACAAAAUGCUUGGUUGUUUUAUAACUUAGGCAAGUCCACAGAUCCUAAACUUUUUAAGGUAGACUUGCAUACAGGAGAAAUAAGGACUACAAGGAAAGUUGCAGAUGACAGUAUUAGCAACUACAACUUGACUGUUAUUGUAAGAGACAAUGGGGAACCUCCUCUUUCCUCUUCCACCACUAUAAGUGUGGCCGUUGUGGACAAGAUUUCAAAACUUGUCCCAGACUCCCGUAGACACGUUAAAAAUAGCACAAGCUUCUCUGAAAUGACUCUUUAUUUGAUAAUAGCUCUGUGCUCUAUUUCAUUUGUAUUUCUUUUGACGCUGAUUGUCAUUUUUGUUCUUAAAUGCUGUAAGUAA